AUGUCUGCUGAACCCGAUUAUGUCGAGAAGAAGAAGGUGAACCUGAACGAUGCCUCGGGCGCCGAGCACAAGGCCGUUGAGGAUACGGCGACGGCCAUUCUCAAGAAGAAGAAGAAGCCGAACUCGUUGAUGGUUACCGAUGCCGUCAACGAUGAUAACUCCGUCAUUGCGCUCUCCAACAACACCAUGGAGACUCUACAGCUGUUCCGUGGCGACACUGUAUUGGUGAAGGGAAAGAAGCGGAAAGACACGGUCCUGAUCGUCCUCGCUGAUGAUGAGCUGGAUGAUGGAAGUGCUCGCAUGAACCGUGUUGUGAGACAUAAUCUCCGCGUCAAGCAUGGAGACAUCAUUACUGUCCACCCAUGCCCUGACAUCAAAUAUGCCAAGCGUAUUGCAGUUCUCCCUAUCGCGGACACUGUUGAAGGGCUUACUGGCUCCCUGUUCGAUGUUUUCCUUGCCCCAUACUUCCGCGAGGCAUACCGACCUGUCCGACAAGGAGACCUUUUCACAGUCCGUGGUGGUAUGAGACAAGUGGAAUUCAAGGUCGUCGAGGUCGAUCCCCCGGAGUAUGGUAUUGUUGCGCAAGAUACAGUAAUCCAUUGCGAAGGCGAGCCCAUCCAGCGUGAAGACGAGGAAGGUAAUCUGAACGAGGUCGGAUAUGAUGAUAUUGGAGGAUGCCGAAAGCAGAUGGCACAAAUCAGAGAGAUGGUUGAGUUGCCAUUAAGACACCCACAACUCUUCAAGUCUAUCGGUAUCAAGCCACCCCGUGGUGUCUUGAUGUACGGCCCUCCCGGUACCGGUAAGACCCUCAUGGCUCGAGCCGUGGCAAACGAGACCGGCGCUUUCUUCUUCUUGAUCAACGGUCCAGAAAUCAUGUCGAAAAUGGCCGGUGAAUCUGAGUCCAACCUCAGAAAGGCAUUUGAGGAGGCCGAGAAGAACUCCCCUGCCAUUAUCUUCAUUGAUGAGAUCGACUCAAUUGCCCCCAAGCGUGACAAGACCAAUGGAGAAGUUGAGCGUCGUGUUGUGUCCCAACUGCUUACCCUCAUGGACGGCAUGAAAGCUCGAUCAAACAUCGUAGUUAUGGCUGCUACGAACAGACCCAACUCUAUUGAUCCUGCGCUCCGACGUUUCGGUCGAUUCGAUCGCGAAGUCGACAUUGGUAUUCCCGAUCCUACCGGCCGUCUGGAGAUUCUUCAGAUCCACACCAAGAACAUGAAGUUGGCUGAGGAUGUUGACCUCGAGCAAAUUGCUGCCGAGACUCACGGAUACGUUGGCUCUGAUGUUGCGUCGCUCUGCUCAGAAGCUGCUAUGCAACAGAUUCGUGAGAAGAUGGAUCUCAUUGAUCUCGAUGAGGAUACCAUUGAUGCCGAGGUUCUUGACUCUUUGGGAGUCACCAUGGAGAACUUCCGAUUUGCCCUUGGCGUUUCCAACCCAUCUGCCCUGCGCGAGGUUGCUGUUGUCGAAGUUCCCAACGUCCGCUGGGACGAUAUUGGAGGUCUCGAGGACGUCAAGCGCGAGCUCAUCGAGAGUGUCCAGUACCCUGUGGACCAUCCCGAGAAGUUCCUCAAGUUCGGUCUCUCUCCAUCCCGCGGUGUUCUCUUUUACGGUCCUCCUGGUACUGGUAAGACAUUGCUUGCAAAGGCUGUUGCCAAUGAGUGUUCCGCGAACUUCAUCUCUGUUAAGGGUCCGGAGUUGUUGAGUAUGUGGUUCGGUGAAUCCGAGAGCAACAUUCGAGACAUUUUCGAUAAGGCCAGAGCCGCUGCUCCUUGUGUGGUCUUCCUGGACGAGUUGGAUUCUAUUGCGAAGUCACGUGGCGGUUCUGUUGGCGAUGCCGGUGGAGCCUCCGAUCGUGUAGUCAACCAGCUCUUGACUGAAAUGGACGGCAUGACCUCAAAGAAGAACGUCUUCGUCAUUGGUGCCACCAACAGACCCGAACAGCUCGACAAUGCUCUUUGCCGACCUGGUCGUCUGGAUACCCUCGUCUAUGUUCCUCUUCCCAACGAGUCCUCGCGUGCUGGUAUCCUCAAGGCACAACUCCGCAAGACCCCAGUUGCCGAUGAUGUCGACCUUAACUACAUUGCGUCCCGCACCCAUGGUUUCUCUGGUGCUGAUUUGGGCUUCAUCACUCAACGUGCUGUCAAGCUUGCUAUCAAGGAGGCCAUCUCACUGGAUAUCGAGCGCCGCAAGGCUCGUGAGGCAGCUGGCGAGGAUGUCGAUAUGGAGGAUGAUGCGGAAGAUCCAGUUCCUCAAUUAACCAAGGCACACUUCGAGGAGGCCAUGGCUUCCGCCCGACGAUCCGUUAGUGAUGUCGAAAUCCGCCGAUAUGAGGCCUUUGCCCAAAGCAUGAAGAGCGCCGGGCCGGGCGCUUUCUUCAAGUUCCCUGAGGCAAGCGAGGUUGCGAAUGAGGCGAACGGAAGUGGAGCAGGAUUUGGGGAUGCGGGUAAUGAUGACAGUCUUUACGACUAGAUUGUAUUCUAAUUUCCUUUUUCGCAUACACGAUCAUAUGGCCGGGGAAACAGCUGACACGGUGGACUUGAUUUGGAGUCGGAAGAGUCUGCAUGGGCGGUAACACAUCUCAUAGGUAAUGCUCGCC